GAAUAAUACGACGAGUAUGAAGUACAUUUUUUUCACCAGAGGCGACACCAGGCAUGUAAUUCUUUUCGUGCUUUACAUUCCAAAUCCAAAUAUCCGCUGAAUACUUUACGCAUUAGCAUGUAUAGUUUUGUAAUUUGUAUCAUCCUAAAAAUCGCGUAAUAAUCGAUAAAUAUUUCACGCGAGUACUUUCUGUUUGACGCUAUCGUCUUACGACAGCCAUAAUCGCAGUUGAAAUAGCUCCGCAUCGUUCAGUCGUACUCGCAUUCGGUGUAAAAAUCGAUUUUUCGUCUCGCUCAACGUUUUCUCAAAGAGUAAGUAUUUACCUCACGUGGUAUUCGAUGUAAAUAAUUGUAAAUGUUUACGUACGGUAUAUCGCUAGCUGUAUCUUUAUCAGAAGCAGAAUCUGCAACUCUUCUGUAACUGUAAAGAUGAUCUUCGUGAACUCAAGUAUGCUGUCAAAUCGGACGAAUUCCUCAGAACUGAUCGUUUGAAAACCAACACUUUUAAAAAUGGAGGCCGCCGAGUCUCCUCUUGAGGUGCUGUCCAGAGCUGCGGUUAUGCUUCAGCGGAAUGUCUUACCUCCUCCAUCUUACGAUGAAGCACGGUCUCUUUCGCAGCAUCAACAGCAACAAAAACAAAAAAUCUUGAGGAAAUGUAAACCAUUGGCUAAUGAUACGUCAUCGUUCAGUGCUUCGACAACUUCGUUCAAUAGUCAAACCAGCAAUGGAUCCGGAAAAUGGAAAAGAGAAAAAAAAUAUCAGCAUAAAACUUCACUCGCUUCAGUAUGUGAUUCGACGUCAUCGGACUUGAAGUCAACCUCAAAGUAUCUUUCAAAUGUUAAUAACAAAUGCAGCAGCAACAGCAACAGCAGCAGCGGCGGCGGCGGCGGCAGUGGCAACAACGACGGAACCUCGUUAGAAAACGAAGCCGAACCUUUAGACAUGUCGAAAAGAACGGUGGCAAAGGAACGAGGAGAACCUCCGUCGUAUUUCCAAUCAAUCCUGUGCUCUAAUUACAGUCGUCGUCAAUCCGGUGUCUCGGCUGUUGUUUAUCCUUCAUCGAUGGAGAUAAGUGCGUCCUCGACGACGACGACGACGACGACGACCUCACCAUCUAUGACGACGACGACGGCGGCAACAACAACGACGACGACGACAUCUUGCAAUUCAUCGCUGUCUCCGACUACAUCGACUUCGACAGAUGAUAAAGAAGCGAUGUGUGAUCAAGUGAUAAACGAGCAUUUCCGAAGAUCAUUAGGUAGAGAUUAUUUGAACGUGUUUUCCGCCAAUAAGCAACCAACCAAUAAGGAACUAGAAGAUGAUAGACUGAUCGAAACUGUCCAGUCUCCAGCUAAGGUGCAUAGCGACGAAGAUAGCCAGCAAAAGGUCGAUUCCAGAUGUAUAUCGCCGUCUCCUCUAUCUGUCGACGAUCAUUUCGCAAAAGCUUUAGGAGACACUUGGAUAAAAUUGCAACAGCAGCAACAACAGCAGCAGCAACAGCAACAGAAAAAAACUGAUAAUCAAAAACAGACUCCCUGUCCUCCAAGUAUACCAGCCACGAUUUCGCACAAAGAUCACGAAUCGUAGGCUCGUAAAAGAUGAAGUCAUCUGUAUGACGAACGUCACUUAGGAAAGAAUGAGCGAUGGAGACAGAGAGACUGGGGAAGCCGGGGAAAGAAAUAUGUAUUUUCCCUGUCCGAGUAUUUUACCUAUUGGUAACAUAUUAGAGGAUACUGUGUUGCGUAAUGCGUAUAUGUAUUUAUCGCAAACAUUCAAAUAAUUCAUUCCAAAUGUAAAUUAUGUUCUAUUUUUUUUUCUUUUUCUUUUUCUUUGUUUGUCGACGAAUACUGCAUAUUAUAGUAGCUAUGUACAUACUAUGUAAUGCAGGUAUAUGCAAAAUGUACAUAGGCUAUACCUUGUUUAGAAGACUGAAUCAUAAAAAUGUAGGUAUUAUAACGCGCAAGCAUGGGUUGAUUAUGACGACUGCAAGUAGCUGUAGGAGUGUAGGCUCGAGUGUAUACGAGUACAUAUGUGUAUUAGGCAUUUGAGAGUGAAACUGUGUGUGACGGAGAGAAAGGAGUGUAUUUAGUAUUACAAAUUCGUUUUUGGCGCGUAUUUUUUAUUACGUGUAUUUUAGACAUAUUUUCUUCCUUCGAGUAUUUCUAAUUUAUUUAAAAUUUAUUACCUAUAAGUGGCGGUAUUGUGUGAGGCGAGCACGUCUCGAUAUUAUUGAUGAGUCUCAGUUUGAAAGUUGGUGGAAUUUCCAAAGAUUUACUAAUACGGUGAAGAUUUUUGUUGUAUACUGGUCUAGUUUUUCGGAUAUCGGUUGUGUGUAAAUAGUGAUUAAGUUAUCGCGCUUUGCGAAAUGAAAGUAUAUAUUAUAAUUUAUAAGAGAAAAAAUUAUUCUCUAUUUCUGUUUUAUACACAAAUGGGAAAACAGAUUUCGUAGCUUAAGGCAAAUGUUUACCAAUUUUCAGAAGUGUAAGUAGUCGAUUAAGUUGCACCCCUGUAAUUCUCUGUUGUCGAUUUGUUCCUUUAUUUGUCAAGUUUUAUUUAUUUAUUUAUUUAUUUAUUCUUUUUACGUGUAAGUUACACACAUAGAACGAGGUUGAGGUGCAAUUUGACAGACUAAUAAUCGCUUUAAAAAACUUAAAAGUAAGUUAUUUACCUAAGAUGUUUUUUUUCUCUUUUAUAAUUUUUAAGAUUCUUCAAUUUUUUUUUCUUUUCUUUGCUUCGAAUGUUAUUAGGUUGAUGAUUAUACUCAGAAUUGAAGCGCUAGAUUCCCAAGUAUGCGCAUACGCCACCUUGCUCGCGGAGAAAAUGCUUUUUCGGGGCUGAAACGAAUGAAACUUAUUUUAUUUACGACUUUGAUUAAAAAUUGUAGAAUAUAAAAUAUCGAACAAUAACGAAAUCCGAAGUACGUGUGGUAAACACUUGGUGAGACGUGAGAGGCUUUUUCUCCGUAAGCAAGAUGGCGUAUGCGUAUACUUGAAAAUCUAGCGCUUUACUCAGAAUAAUUUAUAAAGGAAAAUAUAUCGUUUUAAAUUUUGUUCACAA